GAAACUUGCUGAUGUGAAAUGAAACAACAUGUUGGACACCGCAGAAUUUGCCAUAGCAAUGCAUCUUAUUCAAAGUCGUUUACAGGGCACAGACAUUCCUGAAAAAUUGCCUGAGACCUUAAAUCCAGUUUAUUUACCUACUGUCGAUAUUCCAGCUAUGUCACCGGAGGAGAAAGAAGUCUAUGAAAAAGCUUUCAUGUGGAAUGUUAAUUCAAAAACUGGAUUUAUUGAUGGUAAGCAUCGAAAAGACACUUUGCUGGAUCAGAACCUCAGUCAUGAUGUUGGAAGUAAGGUGAAAGUUUUUGAGGUUUAGAGUGGUACUGGAAUAAACUGCAUUGUAUAUCAGUAGAGGCACUCAAUCAAGGGAAGUUUUAUGCUGGGUUCUCCAGAACAUUUAAGCAGCAAAACCUGGUAAUUGCCAGCUAGCAUUGAAAAAAGUAUUUAAGCCCGCAGGACUUGAAAUGACAGCCAGUCAACAGACAAUGCUAUAAUUCUACUCAAAAGUAGCUGGCUUCGUCCGAGUGAAAAUAGGUUUGACUAGCUUUGACCAGACUUCUUGACAGGUCCCAGCUAAAAAAUUAUUUCAAGCUCUGGCCUUGUCAUUUAUAUGAGUCUGUCUCUGGGUUAAUAUUUAUUGUAUUUUCUCUUUAAGCUGAAGCUGCUUGUGCCAUCCUUACUGGGUCUGGUCUGCCCAAUCAUGUCCUUGCUCAAAUUUGGUGAGUUGAAAAGACUAUAAUAUUUGUCGGUUGGUUUUUAGUCUCUUAGUUUUAUAAGUAGCUGAGUAAAGUAAAGGAAAACUUUGUUUUGACAGAGUGGCCCAUUCAAAUCAGGGGCUGGUCUCCACAGAGGCCCUCAUGUUUAGGGCAGAAAGCUUCACAUUUGCUCUCUGGAAGAACAGACAAGGGGGUGGGGGUUGAGGUUGUGGACUUGCGGACUGGCAUUGUGGGUAUCUGACUCAUUUAUCUAUACUGUGUGAUAACAAUAUUAUUAUUUCUCUCAUGUCUCGUGCUUUUAUAGGAACUUUAUUUUAUUAAACCUAACUUUCUGGCUUUCCUUUGCCCCAUAGCACACCCCUUUGUGAAGGAACUGGGAUAAUGGGUGACAUACUAAUUUAUGGAUAGAGCAUUUUCACAUGACGUAACUUCCGCCAUAUAGCUGUCCCAAAACAAUGAAAAGGUGACCAUGUUGGUGUCCCAAACCAAUCCUACGAGAGUCUAACCUUCUUUUAUUGUUUAAACAUUCUUUUCUUUCAAUAUAUUUGCAUAGCUUCUGGCCACAUGGUUAAAAAGGCUCAACUUUAUCCUUUACAUUCAUAGUAAUGUCAUUUUUAAAACAUGAUUUUCUUGUUUUUUUUUACAGGAACUUAUCUGAUAUUGACAGGGAUGGUAAACUGUCACCGGAAGAAUUCUUUGUAUCUCUUCAUUUAACUCGAUUCUGCAAGCAAGGUAACUUCUAUUAAAAUAACGUACCUUGCAGAGCAAAGAAUAUUGCUUUUUCAGGCAUACCCAGAAUUAUUUGCCUGGCUUUUAUCAAAUUAUCAAUUACCCUCUAACAUACUCAGUUUUACAUUGUGGAGAUUUUAAGUUUGGCGCAAAUUUAGCAUAAAAUGAGAGUUUCCAUCAUAAUAUGAGUUAACUGCAAAGCGUUUUGCAAGUGGCUCCUGUUUCAUUGCCAGUCUUCAUUCUAUAUGCUUUACUUGACUUUAUUUACAUGCAAAAUGACCAAAAAAAAACAUUUUGUACAAGUACAAAUUAAAAGCAGUUCUUUUUUUCACUAGGUAACUCAAUUGAGGGGCUGUCAAUAAAUGUGAGAUCGAUUCUUCCACCACAGGUAAUUUGUCUAUCCUGUUUCUUUUUUCUUUUAUCAUUUGUUAUUCACAUUUUUUAACGAGGGAAUAGUUUAACAUGACUUAAAAUAAAACGUAGAAAAAAAUAAACCCUAUUUUGUUUUUGCUGAUGACCACAUACUCAAAACUUCAGAAGGGCGGGCUUGUAUAGUUUAUCACCCUGUUAAUAGAGAAACACCUUGCCCUUUGGCAAAGUCAAUUUUCUUAACUUGCGUGGCCGUACAAUAUAACUGCCCAAGUUACAUGUAUGUUGAUUGUUAGCAUUUUGUCUAGUGUGCAAAUUUUAUAUCCGGAAGGACCUGAAUAAAUACAGAUGAGUAUAACAGAAUAUUAUUUUUCUAUUUAUAGCUGACAGAUGAGUGCUAUCAGAGCAAAAGACUGAGGUUUGUGAUGAUAAAGAAAUUCCAUUAAAUAAAUAUUGUUUAUGAAAGCUAUUUAGCUGCAUUCUUAUUGUUUUACUAUUAGUUUAAGAAUUUUGCUUGAUCCCCCACAACCUUGUCCUUGAGCGGAUAAUUCUUUAUAAAAAAUGAGAUAGUUAACUCCUUGAAAUGAAGAUUAUUACCGUAAAUCCUCUAUCAAGCGGGCCCCCCUCUCAAAUAAGCCCCCCUUCCCCCUCCCCCUCCCCCUCCCCUCCAUCCUUACUCUUCACAAACAAUAAUUGUUUGUGAAGAGUAAAUGUUAAUUAUUAACAUGUGCUGAUCAGUUAUGGUUUAUUCAGGCUGGAAAUUCAUAUUGUUUUUGGUCUUCGGCCGCAUGACCUCUGACUUCAUGUGGUUAACUUUUUCAACUUUAUGCUCUAGUUCUCUGUGAAGAAUUGUUACCAUUUCCUUAUCGUUAGAAAAAGCAGUAUAACACCUGGGAACCACAAGUCCGUGCUCGAGAAACCUUGCUCCUGUUGAUGCGUUUCGCUAAAUUAAAUAAGCUCCCCAAAAAAGUGCUUGAAAAAAAAUAAGCCCCCCCCCCGGUGGGCUUAAUGGGGGAUUUACAGUAAAUAAUGUUGAUUGUGGAGGGAACAAAAAAUACAAUUUAAUCUUUAUGCAAGUAGAGGUCAUAUUUAAAAAGUAUCAUCGAUGUUGCAAAGAAAAUGGUACAGUAUAUGCAAAAACACACACCUGAAUUCCUGGAAGAAUCUCCCCUGGAAAGUUGGAUAAUUUCUUGUCUCUUUAUACACUAACUUUUGUGUGCUGAUAAUUUUACAGGCUUGCAGAGGUCCAAAUGGAGAAGAGAAAAUUACUUUCAUUGAAGGUAAGACACACCCCUGUUACCAGGGGCCAAGAGCUAUUUUAAAUUCUACUGUUAAGUGCCAAGAGUGACCAACAUCAAUUUUCUCCUAACAAUAUCGAUACAUAAUAAAAGAAAAGUUUAUGAGAAUAAAUAAAAUGAUCACCUAAGGAAAAAUGCUUUGAUCUUUUAUCAAUUUCUUUCAACUUUUCUUAAAUAAAACAGGCAUUUCCAGUUAGUUUUUCUAUGAUAAUAAUGGGCCACCAUAGUCGCCUUCUAAGUAUCCUUGGUGUCGGAGACUUUUAAUUCGCGGUUUCCUGUUUCGGUCAACUCUUAAGCUACGGUGAAAUGGGCAAUAAGAAUGUGUAACUUGUUUUGGAACAGCUGCGAAAUGACUUGAAAACAUGUCGCGCGUUUUACCACCCAAUUUCAAACCGGACUUGCAAUAAAUCAGGUUGUUGCAAGUUACGUGAAUACUGACGUCUGAUUGGAUAAAAUUACGCGGGAGUCACGCCAUACACAGGAAUUCAAUCACUUGCCGAAAACAAGUUUGCCUUGGGCCGCUAAAACAAGGCAACAUGUACAGAAUUUGUUGCAAAAAAAGAACUGCUUUCUACUUUCUGCAACAACUUUUCGUAACCUGUAACAACUUAAUUCCUGCAAGACAGGUUUAAUUUGUGGGUUGUAAAACGCGCAACAUCAUUUUUAAACUCGUUUUGCAGAAAUCUUACAAAACAAGUGCACGUUUUUUGUCCUUUUGGUACACUUCGAGCAGUCACUCGUUUUCUGCAUAAAACAGUGACCUGUAAUCGUGACCUUUGGAAUGUGACCUGUAAAAGAAACCUCUCCGUUUUCUUUAGAUUUACCGAGGGGAGUGCACGCGCGCGAGAGCAUGCCUCUCCCAUCUCGCGCCUUCAGUCACGCGCGUUUCGCUCGACGGACUAGGGAAAAAGAGAGACUGUUCCUGGUCUAUCCUUUAGAACGAAGACGUGUAUAUAACAUAUAACAUAUAACAUUAUUUGAUACCACACUUGGCGGUGGGAACCAACGUGUAAUAUCAUCCCGAGGGAAAAUGUCGGGAUAUCGAUAUCCCGUGAGAUCCCUGCGGGAUUGCUGGGAUGCCACUCUUAUCCCGCCUGACUUUGCAGCACUUUUUUUGUGGUAUUUCAGGAGAAACUAUGCCUGGAAAUAGCUGGAGGCUUCGAAGAAUCCAUGGCGCAGAAAGUCCAAGAAGAGUUGGAGCAAGUUGAGAGACAAGUGUUCGUCUUUGAAAAAGAGGAAACUGAACUCAGACUUGUAAGAAGUAUUUUUGUGGCUUUUGCUCAAUUAGGUCGCCCUUAAGUAUAACCAGCGUGCAAAGAAAGUACUGUCCGAUAGCCCGGGGCUAGUGGAUUUUGCUACCGGGCUAGUGAAUUCUGUUUUUAACUUGCCCGACGGGCAAGUGAGGUUUUUUGAGGAAUUUGAAUAACAGAAGAACUGUGAAAUAAAUUCUGUUAGCCAAAAAGCUUUUGGGGCUAGUUGAAAUGACGUCUCGGCUAGUAAAUGCUUUCUUCAGUUUGCCUGAAUGGCAAGCGGUAAAAAUGGUUUUCUUUGCACCCUGAUAACUCAUGCUAGGUUUUCAAUAAAGGAGAUUCAAGAAUGGGGAAAGUUUGGUGCCGGAUUCGUUUUGCCGUUCGCACGCAGAUUCGUGAGUCCGAAACAAAAACGUCCCAAUUUGGUCUCGCGCAUCCAGGAUUCUGAAUCCGGACUGAAUCUAUAGUGAAUACCCUUGAAGUAACUGAAAUCCGGAGACAUUUUUGAAUCCGGAAUAAUCUUCUUUAGUGUAAACUUAAGCCGGAAGUAGAUAAUAGACAUUUAUCCUUAAAUUCAAUUUUAAUUGACAGUAAUUGAAGAAAACGAUCGAGGCGUUUUGAACAAUCCAUGUUUAACCCGACUAUGGUUAAGCUCAGUACUUGCAGACCAAAAACUAUAUGCUUUUGGCAUUGAAGCCAUUAUGAUACCAAAUUGGUGGACGGUUUCGAGAUUUUAUUUUAUUAAAAUCAAUUGCACCUCGAAAAAAAUGCUUGUAGAGGGGGGUGUUGUAGUUAUCUUGAAACGAAAAAGAAAAACCACUGAACGUGAUCCUCUGCAAUUUUAGAACGAGGGAGCGGGGUUUGGGUGGGAAGGAGGGAGGUACAAUUAGCCCCCUCCCCCGAAAAAAAAAACAGCAACAACACUGGACGACAUCAUCAUCAACAACAACAACAACAAAAUAGAUAAAAAAAAACUGCCAAAACUCUCCUCAGCAGCUCAGAAGAAAAAUUUCUUUAAGAAGUCCUGCUAGUAGCUGUCCUAAGAAGAAAGAACUUGAAAGACGAAGGACAAAAUCCUACUGACAUGAACAUACAAAAUGAGCACCGGCAAUUUUUUAGCCCUCCUACCGUAUAAUGGUCCAUUAUUUUUCUCCAUAUCAAUUAUCUUCCUGUCAUCGUGGUUAUCAUUCAUGGCUACGAAAAUAUCCCUCACGAGUGUUAACGUGAGACCAGAAGCCAUAGACCCCCACAGACUCACGAGUUUCUGAAUUUUAAGACUUGUGCAGACUUGCCAAUAAUACAGUUCGAAACGUUCAUGUACUUUGUUCUUGCAAAUAAUAGACUCCUUUGUGCUCUUUUUUCUGGUAUUUUCCACCGCCCAGGCACACGGUAUGCCUCCAUCUUUGACCGGUUGUGAUGCUAAGUAAUAUUUACAGCAACGCAUGGGCAACUAAGCGUUCUUAACAACAUGCAAUAUUAGCCUGCUGAUAUUUCCUGAUAUUUACAUUUCGCAGACACUCCAGCAGUUAAAGGACAAGACCAAAAGGGAAAGUUUCAAGCCGUUCGAUCGAAGUUUUCUCUUGAAACGUCAGCCCACGGGCGAAGAUUUAUUUCUAGGAGCGAACAAGAAAAAUUGGUCGCCGCUCUCGGAUAGAAAGGAUGUGGAAAUCUUGAAAUUGUGGAGCGAAGACGGCGACUUGAGCGGUAAUUAUAAUUUGUGCUUGUUAUUUGCAAGUAUUUUGCGUGACUUUAACGCGGUGUUGGUCAUAAUCCUGGCUUUCGCUGACGAUUUUAUUUGGCAGCUUUGGUUUGGGCCGAUUAUUGAACCUUUCGCGGUUGGAUUGCUCGAUCGCAAAAUUUGCAAAGACAAUAAACGAAAAGACAACGUUGACAACCAUUUUUAACAUUGCCCAAGAGCCUUCAUCUCGCCAAUUAGCGGCGCGACUUUGCAUGAGUUUUGUUUUAUUAUUUUUUUCAUCAGCAUUUUACUCCGUUGCGGGAUCAGAUCGAGGACUGGCCUUGUUUCAGAAUGGCCUAUAAAUUGAAGAAGAGAUUUGUUUUUCUUAAACGGUCAUCGUUGCUUAAAAUCGUUCAAUGUUUGUUUUAUUUAAUGCGAAUAAUUAUCAUACUUCGAUCAACCAUAGUGAUGACAUUAUCGAGUUGUUUGUUGGUUCGAAACUUUUUCUUUUCCCAACGAAUUUUACCGUGUGUAACAGCUGCCUUAAAAAUAUUUAAGUCAAAUGAAGUAUGCAUACAAUGAAGUAUGCUAAAUUAAAAUUUCUUUAGUUUGUGUUGUAAAUAAUCUAGUGAACUUAGUUUCUAAAAUGUUAAAGCUGUAACCAUGAUCUUUCUUCAAGUCCAUUCGAUGAAUUAAUAAAGUUGUUUCCAGUGACUGCUAGGGACUGAAAAGGUUCAGCAAGCUUUGUGCUACGGUGGCGUGCUGGUCUUAACGAUCGGAUGGAGUAGUCAAAUGAAAAUCGGCCGUAGUUUUCAGUUUAAAAGUUUGUUUGAUUUCAGUACUUUUUGAAAAUCUUCAAUUGUGUCACAUGUAGUGUAUAUUCUUUGUGGCAUUUUUUCCUUCCAUGGUCGGUUUUGUUUCGUUCAAACCAGAAAUAAUGGAGACAGACAGUUAGCCGUUCAGGGUUUAUUCAUAAAUGAGAACGAGUCGGCUCGCAUAGGAAGAGAACAAGAAAGUUUUACAUAAGAAACAGGGUUAACACGAGAUCUCGGAAACCGAGCCAUGUCUGAUGACCUGCCUAUAAUGAAAAUGCCCCGAGGGCCACUUUUAUUAUCGAUUAUUAAAACAAAGUUUAGUCUGUCGGUGUUUAACAUUGAAACGCAAUCUAAGCCCUUGUAAAAGCAACUUGGUCAACCCCGAUAUUUAAACCCAUUGUCCAUUGUUAGCUUUUACAGGAAGGAGUAUUUAGCAGACAAGACAAACAAUUCUCUGCAGUUUUUAAAAUAACCCAUUUUGAAACAGAGAUAUCCACAGUGAUUAACUUAAUUGCUGUCUAAGUAAGAGUUCGUCUUACAGCCUCUUAUGUGUUUUAGGGAGCGUGAUUCAUUCACUGUUGCAGUCGCUUCAAGCCAGAGACUGGUUAUGGCCAGCAGCUACUUGAUCGAUACAAAAUUGUUUCACAG